AUGCUGACAGAGGAGGAUGAGUGGAACCUGCUACUUGACGCGAGCGUGACGGCUUCAAGGUUACUUUGUGGAGCCGGAGCGCUGGCCUCGAAGGGCUUGAGGGCCUUUGGUCCCAAUGGGGUGGCCGCCAUGCGCUCCAUGGCUUCUGGAGGUGGUAUUCCUACUGAUGAUGAGCAGGCCACUGGGCUGGAGAGGGAGGUAUUGAUGGCUGCAAAGAAGGGACUGGACCCAUACAAUAUACUUGCCCCAAAGGCAGCUUCAGGCACCAAGGAAGACCCUAACUUAGUCCCAUCCAUCACCAACAAGCGAAUUGUGGGUUGCAUCUGUGAAGAGGACAACAGUGCUGUAAUCUAGUUCUGGCUGCACAAAGGCGAGACUCCAUGCCCAAAUUGUGGAACCCACUACAAGCUGGUUCCCCACCAGUUUGCCCACUGA